AUGGGUAGUUCUUUAAUAAUGAUAUGCGAGACCACAUCCAGAUUGAGUGAUUUCAAAAGAGAUGGGAAUGCCAUAGAGCAUGCUUGGGAUAAAAUGGAUAAAAUACCAUUGAGAACGAAGAAAGUAGCCUCGGAUAGGACUGAUAAAACUUAUAACGACCCAGCAAAGUUAAGGAAAAAACGAUUUUGGAAGCGACAACAAUUGCGAAUAGCCACCUGGAAUGUUACAUCAAUUGCUAACAAAGACCAAGAAACCAUAAUAGAGCUUGAGAAACAUAAAAUAGACAUAUGUGCCUUGUCUGAGACGAAAAAGAAAGGAGCUGGCAACUUUAGAAUCGCGGAGUAUACAUUGAUAUAUAAUGGGAAACCAAAAGAUGAAAGAACAGCAUCGGGAGUAGGCCUAUUAGUGCACGAGAAAUACGACAAAAACAUAAUAGACAUAAAGUAUAUAAGCGACAGACUGCUACAAACCACGUUUAAAUUUACAGAAACAACUAAAACCCAUAUAUUAAGCGUCUAUGCUCCUGAUACGAGUAAAAGUCAAGAAGAAACAGACUCAUUCUAUGAUGAACUGCAGAUCACCAUCGAUAAGAUACCGAAGCAAGACGAAAUUAUGAUACUGGGAGAUUUUAAUGGAAGGAUUGGUAACGAGGUUAUUAGUGGAAUUAAGAAUCGGUUUAACGAAGAAACACUCAACAGCAAUGGAGAACAACUCAUACAAUUCUGUGCACAUAAUGAACUACGCAUUAACAACACGUUUUAUCCCCAUAAACAACAGCACAAGUAUACGUUCGAGAACACAAGAGGACAUGAAUCGAUUAUAGACUACAUUAUUACAAACAGAAAUAUUCAUCCCUCAAAAAUAUUAGAUGUCAGAACAUUAACCUCAGUAAACACAGGGACUAACCACCAUAUGGUGCUAGCUAUAAUGCGGAACUGCGUACAAAGGAAAACCCAGAACAAACCGAAAGUGACAGAAAAGCUGAACAUAGAAAGCCUUAGCGAUGAUACCACAAAAUACCUCUACCAGCAAAGACUAAGGAAGGCAAUAAAUGAAAACAAGAUCUUGAAAGAUGAUACUGUAGAACUAACAUGGAAAAGAUUAAGUACUAAUAUAAGGACAGCUGCAGAAGAGGCAUUAGGCAAACGAAAGGUGAACCUGAACGGAAAGCCCAACACGAAACCAUGGUUCAAACACGAAAUCGAAUCACUUGCGGAAGAAAAAAGGAAAGCAUAUCUUCAAUAUAGAAGUCAAACAAUUACAUAUGCUGAUUACAAAGUCGUGAGGAAUAGGACAAAUAUGGAAAUACAAACGAUUAAGAGACAAUUCUGGGAGAAAUACUCAUCAGACAUGGAAAACGACUUAUAUGGGGGACAAAAAAAGAUCUGGAAUAUGAUAAGGAACAUCAAAAGACCAAUCAAUGAAUACAUCCACACGAAAACAAUAACGUUAAAAGAAUGGGAAAGGUAUUUCCAUGAACUCUACGGUGACAUAAUAACAAGCUAA